GAGCGUCGGACACCUCAGACGGACGGUGGCCCGGGAUCGGACGGCGUUUCAGGGGAGCCCGAGACGCGCCGCCAGCCCACCAUGGCCCGGCUGUUCCGGGCAUCCUGCCUUCUCUCCCUGCUCCUGGCCGGCUUCGUCCCGCCGAGCCGGGGACAGGAGAAGUCGAAGACGGACUGCCAUCCUGGGGUGAGUGGCACCAUCUAUGAUUAUGGAGCCCUCACCAUCGAUGGGCAAGAGUACAUCCCCUUUAAGCAGUAUGCUGGCAAAUACAUCCUCUUCGUCAACGUGGCCAGCUACUGAGGCUUGACAGGCCAGUACGUUGAACUGAAUGCACUACAGGAAGAGCUUGCACCAUUUGGUCUGGUCAUUCUGGGCUUCCCCAGCAACCAAUUCGGAAAACAGGAACCAGGAGACAACUCGGAGAUCCCACUCACCCUCAAGUAUGUCCGACCAGGUAGGGGCUUCGUCCCCAAUUUCCAACUCUUUGAGAAAGGCGAUGUGAAUGGGGAGAAAGAGCAGAAGUUCUACACAUUCCUGAAGAACUCCUGUCCUCCCACCUCGGAGCUCCUGGGCUCACCUGGCCGCCUCUUCUGGGAACCCAUGAAGAUCCAUGACAUCCGCUGGAACUUUGAGAAGUUCCUGGUGGGGCCAGACGGUAAACCCAUCAUGCGCUGGUACCACCGGACCACAGUCAACACUGUCAAGAUGGACAUCCUGGCCUACAUGAGGCGGCAGGCAGCCCUGAGGGCCAUGGGGAAGUAACUGAGGCCCACCCACCUCAUGUCUACCAUGCAGGGGCUGGGGAGGGACUCUUUCAGGAAGGAAUCCAUUUCUCCACCCACACCACACUCCCACCACAAACCCCUUACUAUUACCCAAGGCCCCAGCCUGACACAAACGUGUGCAUACAAUUGUAUCUGUACUAUGGUACAUGUGGGUGUUUGCACGCAUGCCUACAGGUAUGUGUGUGCACGUGAAUGUACAGCCACAUGUCCACCUGUGUGAAUACCUGGGAAUGUGUACCGUAUGUGUGCCCACAGCUGUGUGCUGUGGAGAGUGCUAGAGAACAACACCCCUUUCUCUCCAGUUCUCUGUUCCAAUGAUAACAAUUCACUUUCAGCCAAGCCCAAAGGAAAAACCAGCUCUAGAUUCAUUGUUCUACUCUAAACUGGACCUCAACCUUGGGACAUCUCCCACUGCCUCUAAAUACCACCACUGAAGUGCCCAGAAGUUUCUGGGUCUACCAUACUGCCCAACCUCCCUCCUCUCCAUCGUACAGCCUCUCUCCUUCCUGAAGGGCCCUCCCAAGCCUCCUACCCCACCCCAAAGUGCUCCCUGAGAGCAGCCAAGGCGGACGUGAGAGCAAGGGCCACAUUCCCCAUCGCAGGGGUGGCAUCUCCAUGAAGGAGGGGCCCGAAGCCCUGUGGGCGGACCUCCCCAGAGCCUGUCCAGAGGGCCAGCCCUUAGUGCAUUCAGGCUGAAGCCCCUGGGCAGGGAUGCCACCCCCACUCCUUUGGAGGAUGUGCCCUCUCCCCUCACUCUGGCCCACUGCCAUUAGACUCACCCCUGUCUGCCCAGUAAAGGCCUUUCUGCAGCA